AUGUCUUCCUCCGAGCAGACCUUCAUUGCCAUCAAGCCAGACGGUGUCCAGCGUGGACUCGUCGGCGACAUCAUCUGCCGCUUUGAGAAGCGCGGCUUCAAGCUCGUCGCCAUCAAGCUCGUCACCGCCUCCAAGGAGCACCUCGAGAAGCACUACGCCGACCUUGCCGAGAAGCCCUUCUUCAAGGGUCUCGUUUCCUACAUGGGUUCCGGCCCCAUCUGCGCCAUGGUCUGGGAGGGCCGUGACGCCGUCAAGACCGGCCGUGUCCUUCUCGGAGCCACCAACCCCGCUGCUUCGUCUCCAGGCACCAUCCGUGGUGACUACGCCAUUGACGUCGGCCGCAACGUCUGCCACGGCUCCGACGCCGUCGAGUCCGCCCAGAAGGAGAUUGCUCUCUGGUUCGAGAAGAGCGAGAUUCAGAGCUGGAAGUCGGCGCAGCACGACUGGGUUUACGAGAAGUAG